AUGACUCAAAGUUCACCCUUAAAUAACAUAAUAAGUGAUGAAUCCACGGAACAAGGCAAUAGGUUUGGAAAAGGAAUUGAAUUUCGUGAAGGUUCGCCAAUUCAAUUAUUAAGUUAUAGUGAAAAAUCCGAAAAUGAAAAAUUUGGUCAAAUUCUUCUUAAUCCGGAAGCAUUAAAUAUUCUUCGGGAAAUUAACGAACCUCUUGCUAUAAUUUCUGUCAGUUUUGACAUAGGGACAAACGUGGAAGGAUGUACACGUGGAAUAUAUAUAUGGACUCCUCCUUUCAAAUUAACAAGUGAACAACCUAAUGGUAAAACUAUUCAAAAACGUGUCCUUGUUUUGGAUAGCGAAGGGAUCGAUGAUCCCUCACAGGAUGAAAAUUGGGCCACGAAAUUAUUUAUUUUAUGUUUAGUUAUUUCUUCAACCUUCGUAUAUAAUAUUAAUGGAGUUGUUGGUAGAGAACACAUAGGGAAAUUGCAUUUAAUGACAGAUUUAAGCAAUUUUAUCAAAGAACCGGAAUAUGGAGAUUUUUUACCAAGACUUGUCAUUUUAUUGCGUGAUUUUAAUCUUGAAACCCCGGAUAGUUUUAAAGACUAUUUUUUGAAACAAAUGAAUCAUAUAAAUACUGAUGCUGCUGCGGCUAUCCGACGAUUCUUUUGUGAUUUUGACGUUUAUGGAUUAUCGCAACCGGGAUGCAGAAAAAAAUUGUUGCAACAUAUGGAAAAUGUCAAAACUGAUGAUCUCGACGAAGAAUUUGUUGAAGAAGUUGUAAAAGCUGUAAAAUCCAUUUAUUCGCAGCUUCCUUUAAAAUACAUAGGUUCUUCCACUAUGCAAGGAAUAUCAUUUGUAAAAUUCUUAGAAAAUAUAGUUGAACGUAUGAAUAUUUCGGAAACUUCGAUUCUUCUCUCUAUUCCUUCUGAAUAUGAAUUCAUUGUUCAAUUUGUUGCACAAGAAGCGAUAAAGGAAUCUGUAGAAAAAUAUAAAGAAAGAAUGAACACUCUGAUAAACGAAGAAGGAAAAUUACCAAUGUUAUGGGAAGAAUUUGAAAGGAUGCAUCAUGAAUAUAUUUCAGAGGUCAAUAAAAUAUUUUUUGCAAAAAUAAUUGGGAGACCCACACAAAUAAGUAAUUUUGCCGUUCAACUGAAUAAAGAAAUGUUCAAAUUUAAAGAGGAAUUAAUGGAGAAAAAUUCUAAAGAAUUAACGAUUUAUAAUGAAAAUAUUGCAAAAGUAUUAUGGGAAAAAUAUAUAGGGAUUGGAUUAAAUGACAAUGAAAAUAAAUCAUUUAAGGAUAUUGAAGAAUUUCAAGAGGCAUUAGGAUUAUUUGAAUCAGAUUAUAAUGAAUCGAUGAAAAAAUCUCCCGAGGCUACUAAAAUAUUUGCCUCAUAUAAAAAAAAUCAAUAUCCGCUUGCAAUUAAUCAUGUAACACAAGUAGGCGCAACAUCAACGGCAGAAACAAUGUAUGCCAAAGAAGAAGCUGAUAGAUUACGGUUAGAAACUGAAGCACGCGAAGAAAUACUUCGUUUAGAAAUUGAAGCGUUGAAACGUGAACGUGACGCAUAUGAAACAAAUGCAAAUAAAAAAAUAUUAGAAUUACAAACAAAUAUUGAACAACAAAAAAAAUCACAAGAAGAAAUGAGACAACGUUUCAUUAAAGAAAAAGAUUGUACCAUUGAAGAAUAUAAAUAUAAAUUUGAAGAAAUAGAAAAAAUGAAUGAAGAUAAUAAAAAGAUAAUAACUGAAUAUCGCGAUAAAAUAGACAUAUUAACUUUAGGAAGUAAUCAACUUGAAGCAGAGAUAAUCCAACUUAGGAUUGAAAUUCAGAAAAAAGAGAAAUUGCUUAAUAAUGGAAAUAAUAAACGAAAACUAUCAUGCAUCUUUAUCUAG